AUGGCAACGGAAGAGCCUACUGUCGUUGUGGAACCAGCGCCCGAGCCUGCAGCCACUGAGUCUCCGCCAGAGGAGAAGGAGGAGCCCAAAUCUGAAGCAAAGGCUAAGAAGUCCAAGGAACCCAAACCUAAGAAGGUUACUAGGUCCCGUAACCCUCCAACUCAUCCUUCAUAUGAAGAGAUGAUCAAAGACGCAAUUACGGCACUGAAGGAGAAAACCGGUUCAAGCCAAUACGCGAUUGCGAAGUUCAUUGAGGAGAAGCACAAGCAGCUUCCCUCGAACUUCAGGAAGCUUCUUCUCUACCACUUGAAGAAGCUUGUUGCUGCUGGGAAACUCGUCAAAGUCAAAGGUUCAUUCAAGCUUCCACCUACUAGGCCAUCUGCAUCUUCCCCGGCCAAGAAGAAGACGCCGGCAGCUGCUAAGCCGAAGCCGAAGCCAAAGCCGAAGCCUGCUGCCAAGGCCAAGGACACCAAGACAACUAAGUCAAAGGCACCUGCCAAGGCAAAGCCUGCCGCCAAACCUAAGGCCAAAGCUCCAGCCAAGCCCAAGCCCGCUGCAAAGCCGAAGGCUGCUCCCAAGCCGAAGGCUGUCGCUGCCAAGCCGAAGGCCGCUAAGCCCGCUGCGAAGCCCAAGCCCGCUGCGGCAAAGCCCAAGGCUGCUAAGCCUGCGGCAAAGCCCAAGGCUAAGCCCGUAAAGGCUGCAAGGACUUCGACGAGAACUUCACCAGGGAAGAAAGCCCCUGCCGCGAAGCCUGCCCCAAAGAAGGCGGCGGUAGCAGCGAAGAAAGCUCCAGUGAAGAGUGUGAAACCAAAGAGUGUGAAAUCUCCGGUGAAAAAGCCUGCUACAAAAAGAGGGGGUAGGAAGUGA